AUGGAGAGAAUCGACGAUGACCCUCCACCUGAACAAUUUCCUACUGCAAAUAGACCUCCUGAGUCCUCGACUCUUGAAAGUCAGCCAAAAAACCCUGACCCGACCGGACCCUGCUCGACCAAAAAUGUCUUCAGCGAACAGGACAACAUCCCUCAACAGUUUACCGCCACAUCACCAGAAGCGCCCAUGCCAUACCCUGUCGGAGACACCGGCGUUCUUGCACCACCGCCAGAUGCCUUGAUCACGGAAAGCCUAGAGGCGGUUGACCCCGACCUUCUGAUGCCUCCACCAACACUCUCGUCCCACCAUGAUGACGCUUCAACUAAAGUCGCUUCCAUCUACUCCAAUACUCCUCCUUCGCACGCUCCCACUAGUCUAAGCUCCGUCGAAGACGACGGCUCGAGCACAGCCCCUCCGGAGCAAGAAUUGACAUAUGAAUAUCACGGUCCCGGGUCGUUUCUUUCAAUCUGCUCCAAGUCAGGAAUAGAAUGGGUCAACGAGAAGACUGGAGUCAAUGAGUUUGGAACCAUCGCGCGGGGUCUCAUAUCUGAUAUCUCCCGUGCGCUCAAACUCAGUGUCCCAAAUAUCGGUCCACGAGAGCCUGAGCCGGAUGAGUCUUUGGCGUGGAAGUAUAGCCGCAUCUACUUCGACACGGACACCGAUGCUGGCUUCGGCAUUAUUUCCCGGCCCACGUUUGAGAACGCCUUGCGCGCCCACUUUCAGAAAGAGAGCAAUCCAGGGGAUAUCGAGACUGAUCCCGGGUGGUAUGCUCUCAGAAAUGUAGUCUACGCUGCUGGAUGCCGAAUCCUCGAAACGAAGAGUGCUGUCAAAGGUUUCAAGAUCGACAUGACGGCGACAAAGAGCUGGAAGUACUUUGCGAAUGCACUGUCGGUGCACAACGAUAUCCUAUACUUCAGAACCAGCUUGAUGGCAGUCCAAGCUCUAGCAGCAAUGGCGUUCUUUGUGGAGGCCAUCGGCUACCCCUCUAUCGAUUACAUGUUAUGCUCUUCUGCAAUGAGGCUUGCAGUGUCGAAGGGUCUUCACCGCCAGCCCCCAGCCUGUUGGAAUCUCAGCCCGGAAGCGAUAAAGUCGCGGAGCUUACUAUGGUGGUCCAUUUAUGGCUUCGAGCGAGUCAACGCGAACAGAUCCGGUCGACCCUUGGCCAUUGACGAUCGAGAUAUCACAUGCCAAAUGCCUGAGGGUAUCGAAGAUGCCGAAACGAAUUUGGCUCACAUCAGGACGGCCAUUGAACAUGCGAAACUCUCUUCGAGUUUUAGCCGGAGAAUUGCAGACCUCAAAACAAACCAAGCCAGUCUGCAAGAGGUAGCAAGCAGCAUCGCAGAAAUGACACAACAACUUGACACCUGGUGGGACAGCCUUCCUGACUAUAUGAAGCUAGACCUACGGAACCCUUCACGUCAGCUUCCUCCAUCUCUAGAUUUCCAGAGUGUUCUCUAUCACCAUUACGCCUAUUACGGAAGCGUGGUGGCCAUCCAUGCUGUUCUAGUCCAUCCCUGGAACAGUACUGCACUUAAGAUUCUGCCUCAUGAACGCGAGGAGUUUGCUCGGAUGACAGCAGAGAGUGGAGAAGUCUUCAUCAACGCCACAAGGAAGUUUGUUCAAUAUCUUCCGCAACUGAAUAUCAACCCACUGUCACCGAAGUGGCUUGUCGUUGUCUACCCACUCAUGGCACUGGUCAACUUGUUUAUCUACGUGUUACAAAAUCCACAAUCUCCUGCCAUAGAGUCAGACGUGGGGUUGAUGUACCUUGUCGCCGGACACUUCAGCUACCUCGAAUACGCCGUUGCAGAUCGUGUCUUCCCCUCCCUUGGGCAAAUGGCAAAUCUAGCCCGGUUGACGGCUGACAACGCAAGGAAUCGAUUUCUGGGAAUGGACAAUGAUCUCUCCGCGGAAGUGAUCAGCCAUGACGCGUCUUUACAACACCUUGACCUAGGAAACCCUGAAGAUGUAAGAACAAGCUCAAUCAACCCUGACAACUGUCUCAAAGAGGCCAGGGAAUGGUGCUAA